UCAGAGUCCACAUAGUUAUAUAUUGAAUUCCGGCCCGAAAAUAGUACACAUCAAAUGGAAGGAACAGCUACAUGCACUGUGUGCAAGAAAGUUUAUCGAAUGCCAAAGCUCUCGGAAACAAUUCAUUGCACAGAAUGCAAUGCCGUUACAAGAAUAACAAGAUCGUCAAAUGGAAGCGGCCUAGGACAUCAUUUCAUAGAGUCAGUACUAAAUUCAAAGCCUAAUCUUCUGCCAUCUAGAAAUUCUGGUAAAAAUCAUCAGGGACGUCAGAAGAAUAAGCAGCAAUCAAGCAGUAGUUCUUCUAGUAACACUGCAAGCCCAAGUACUGGCGAUUCUUCUUCCCUAUAUAUUAAGCCAUCUCCUGCAGUACUUGCUUCUGCAGAGGCCAUAUCCGGAAGGAAGCGAGCACUUCUUUGUGGAGUCACUUACAGGAACAAGAAUUACAGCCUCAGCGGAACUAUCAAUGAUGUGAGAAGCAUAAAAAGCUUGUUGAUUCAGCGCUUUGGUUAUCCUGGGGAGUGUAUUCGCGUCCUCACAGAAGAGGAGAACGGAAAUGAUUUAACUACUCCAACGAGGAAGAAUAUAGAAGACUCCUUAAAAUGGCUUGUGGAGGGUGCAGAGUCUGGAGACUCAUUGGUGUUCUUCUUCUCUGGACAUGGCUUACGACAACCUGAUUUCAAAAACGAUGAGCUUGAUGGGUUUGAUGAAACUAUCUGUCCGGUUGAUUUUAUAGAACAAGGUAUGAUCGUAGACAACGACAUAAAUUCCACCAUUGUACGUCCGCUAAAGGAGGGUGUCACGCUUCAUGCAAUUGUGGAUGCUUGUCAUAGUGGAACCGUUCUUGAUUUAGAGUACACAUACGACCUACAAAAUAAGGGUUGGAAAGACAACAAACCUCCGUCAAAAGCAGAAAAAGGUACAAGCGGAGGAUUGGCAAUUUGUCUGAGUGCUUGUGAAGAUGAUCAGAUGGCUGCCGAUACCAAUGCUUUGACGUCCAAAAAGGAAAUGAAUGGAGCAAUGACUGCUAUUUUGUUCCGAAUGGUUGAGAAGGAUCCUGAAAUAACAUACGAAGUUUUACUCAACAAAAUGCAUGACUUUAUCCAACAGUUUAACAAUAAAAGAUUCCUGAUCAAUAAUAGGUUCUUACAGAGACUUUUUCAUCGCAGAAAAAUAGAGGAACCUGUGCUAUCAUCGUCUAGUAAUUUCGAGGUUUCCUCAAAGAAAUUCUUUCUGUAGGGAGUACUAUACAUAUAUAUAUAUAUAUAUAUGUAUAUUAUGCCUUGAUCAGUAACAAGUACGAGCGUCAGAGCAUACAUAGUUGCGGUGGUGCAUGUAGGCCGCAUGCAAAAGUCCAGUGAAUUAAGUCAUGAUUGGGUUUGGAUUUGCCUAAUUUAAUUUUUUUUUUUAAUAUUAUUUUAUCUUUAUGCAGCACACCGAACGAUAAAAUCGUUCUAAUUUCUUUCUUAUUUGUUUCCUUUCUAAUUAUUUGGAUUUAGCCUCUUUAUUUUGCAAGGUGUUGCCU